AUGCUUGUGAAAUAUUAAGUUUCUGUAUCUCGGAAUUUCAAAUUUUUAACUCCAAAAUAUAAAUGAUCUCUAAUUAAUUUAUGAAAUGCAAUUAUCGGAAAAUCAGCUCCGGCUUUACUUAUGUAGUUCUAAGAAUCAUCUAGACUGAAAGCUGUGCAUGGCAACGUCAUUUUCUGAUUGUUGUGUUCGCAUGCUGAUAAAUAAUGCCAUGCGUUGUUGCUCUAAAUAUGCGGGUUUUACAGCAUUUUAAAAACUUCUAAGUUAUAAUUUAAUAGGUUUUCUUAAUUUUGUUAUGGCGUAAAUGAUAGAAAAAAAUGAACAGCAUUACAAUGAAAUCCAGCUUCAACAAAGAAACAUAGCUGCUUAAAGCCUUUGCAGUUUACAUGGUUGUAUACCGUAAAGAGUCAAAUAAUUUGGAUAAUUUAACUGGAACUACGGCUGCUCAGUCAGUUGAAGACACAACAAAUGAAGCUGGAAAAACUACUACCACUGUAUGUCAUCUGGUACCUAGAGCCAUCCUGACAUCUAGACCUAAUUCUCAUCCUUUUCAGGAAAGGCACCUCUUUCUUGACCAGCCAAUUAAAGUUGGUCGUUCUGUAGCUAGGUGUAGACCUGCACCUAGCAAUGCAAUCUUUGAUUGUAAAGUUUUAUCUAGGAACCAUGCCCUCCUUUGGUAUGAGAACGGAAAGUUCUAUCUUCAGGAUACGAAGAGUAGCAAUGGGACCUUUGUCAAUAACCAGAGACUUAGUAAAGGCUCUGAAGAAUCACCAGCACGUGAAGUUUGCUCAGGUGACAUAGUACAAUUUGGAGUUGAUGUUGUUGAAAAUUCUAGGAAAGUGGUUCAUGGUUGCAUUGUUGCAACUUUGAAAUUGUAUUUACCUGAUGGAAAGGAAGCUAAAGCCAGUCCAAACAUUGUGCCAUUAUCACCUGAAACUUCUGUUUCUUCACAAGAAUUAUAUCAGCUUUCUCAGUACCUGCAGGAAGCUCUUCAUAGGGAACAAAUACUUGAAAAUAAAUUGGGAACACUUCAGAAAGUAGUUGCAAAUACACAAGAUGAAUCUGAUAUAGGAUGGAAGGCUCUUAUUGAAGAAGACAGGCUUUUGAGUAGAAUAGAAACAUUAGAAAGCCAGUUGCAAACAUGUGGAAAAAAUGUAACAGAAGAAAAACUGAAAGAUGAUGUUAUUAAACUGCAGGAAGAUAAAGAUAAAUAUCAAAUGGCAGCAAAGGAAUCAUUAAGAAAAGUACUUCAAGAAAAAUUAGAAGCAGUUAGAAAAGUUCAAGAUUUAGAAAACUCAUUAAGCAAUACAGAAAAUGAAUGCACACAUCUAGAUGAAUUGAACAGGAAAAAAGAGCAAGAAAUUCAGUUGUUACUAGAAAAAGCCUCUGAAAAUGAAAAAGAAAUUACAAAUCUUACAAAAAAAUUGCAGGAAGUAGAAGAAAAAUAUCAAGAUCUAGUGAAUCAGACUGCUGAAGAUAAAUUAGCUCUAGAAAAUAGUGCUGAAGAGAUGAGAAAAGAAGAGCAAAUACUUUCCACAAAGAUUGAAGCAUUGCAAGCAGAAAAUGAUUUUGCAAAAGAACAAUUAAGUGCUAUGAAAGCUCAUUUUGACAUACUUAAAAAAGAUCAGGAUAUUGAAGAAAAAAUAGAAAAGAAUGGAAAUUUAUCUUCUCAUGGUGUUUUAAAUUCUACAGAGAGUGAAACUGCAGAAAAAAAUUUAAUUCAGGAGCUUAGUUGUGAAGUGAAUAGACUUGAAUUGGAAUUGCAAAGAGUACAAAAAGAAAAUCUUAAAAAUGAAGCUCUUAUGUAUUCAGAGACUGAAGAUUUCACUUCAAAUGGUGAUAUCAAACCUUCUGAUUUUGUAAAUAAACUUCAAAGUGAUAUACAGCAGUUAAAAAAACUUCUAAAUGAAGCAAGAGACAGUAAAUUGCUGGUUGAAAUUGAAUUAUCACAAGUUCGAA